AUGCAUCUAUUCAGGAUAUUAUGUCUUGAUUUACAAAUAUUGUUUCUUUCUUCCAGAGUAGNAUGUGAUGCCUGUUCUGAUGAAUUGAAACAAUGUUCUAAAUGCACAGAACCUAUUGAAUUAAACGAUGACAGUUCAAGUGGUGAAGAAAUGGAUGAAACAUUAAAAUGUUUAAGGGAGAGAUCAAAAAGAACUGUUCUUAGAAAAAUUGAAAAAGGUAAAAUUCUUUAUAUAUUAAUAGGUGAAAUUACAUGGGAUAGACAUAAUAAAAAGUUUAUUGAUUCUGAAACUGGAGAAUAAGUCAUAGUUCAAUACAAAAAAGAUUAUAUUGAUGAAGAAGAUGAAGAAUUAUGGGAAGAUAAUGAUAAUGAUGAAGGUGAUGAAGAUGAUGAUGAUGAGGAUGAUGAAAGUGAUAAAAGUGAAGAAGAAGAUAAUAAAAAAUAAAACAAAAAGACUGUUUAAUUCUAAAAGCAAUAAAAGAGUUAAAAAUAAUAAAAUGAAUAAUCAAAAAAAACAAAAGCUAAAAAAGUUGAAUCUAGUGAUGAUGAGUCUUCAAGUGAAGAUUCAGAUGAUGAAAAUUAAUUCAAACAGAUUGAAAAAAUUAAUCAAAAAGAUCCUUCAAUAUAUUCAGAUGGAUCAAAUGAAGAAGAAAAAAAAUUUAGAAUGGAGAAAAAUUUCUAGUUUUAUUUUGAUGAAAAAUAUCAGUUCAAGAAGGAUGAAUGA